AUGACCGGUAUGUUUGAUCCAAUAGAGUUGGACGUAUCGCUGGACGUGUACGGCGGUUCGUACGCGCACACUGUGCACGCGUUUCUCUGGUCGCGCAACCCGUCCACUGGCAUUGCCUACGCACUGAUGCAACUGAAAAGCACCGGUCGAUUUGGUUUUCCCGGCGGACGUACUGAACAAUCGCCAGUCGACGGCCAGGUAGUAAUCGAAACGCUCUAUCGGGAAGUCUGGGAAGAGAUGCACUACCAGCUCGCCGACGGCCAGAUCACAAUCGCCGAUCAUCUGUGCAGUCAUGUGGUUCACUCCAAACACGGCAAGUGUUAUCACUUUUUUGCCAAACAGUUGGCGUACGAAGAUUUUUUGGUCGCCGAAACUAGCUAUACGUCGGCCGAAUCGUUUCCCGACGAGUUGGUCGGCGUUAUUCGGGUACCGUUGGGCCGAACUGACGACGACAGGUGUAAAGAGGUUCGGCUAUUCUUCGAUGGUUUUGUCGAACAGUAUUUCUCCGGUAAUACCAGAAACCAGUUGUUGGUGUCGUUGAGAAAAUUGAAAGUCAUGUCCGAUGAAGACUUGAAUAUUAAUUUUAACUUUACCUAA